AUGACCAGAAACAUUUUAAUUAUCACUGGUGAUUAUACAGAAGAUUAUGAAACCUAUGCAGUUAAACAAAUGUUAGAAUUAGUUGGAUAUAACGUUCAUUUGGUAAGUCCAGGUAAAAAGAGUGGUGAUUUUAUUGUUACUGCUAUUCAUGAUUUCCUUCCAGGUGAACAAACAUAUACAGAAUUAAAAGGUCAUAGAAUUCAAUUAAACUUUGAUUUUGAUAAAGUAGAUACUGCAACUUAUAAUGGUUUAUUUUUACCAGGUGGUCGUUGUAGUGAGUUUUUAAGAUUAGAUGAUAGAGUUAUUGAAAUUGUUAAAGAUUUUAAUACAAAUAAGAAACCAAUUGCAGCAGUAUGUCAUGGUGCUCAAGUUUUAACAGCUGCAAAUAUUGUUUCAGGUAUUAAAUGUACCGCAUACCCAGCAUGUCGUCCAGAAGUUCAACAAGCUGGUGGAAUUUAUCAAGAUAUCGCUGUCGAUGAUGCUGUUGUUGAUGGUCAUAUCGUUUCUGGUAAAGCAUGGCCAUGUCAUCCAAAAUUAAUUCAAUUAUUCAUUAAAUUAUUAGGCACUACUAUUACUCACAAUUAA